AUGGCUGCUCAGACCAACUCGCCGAUCCCGCUCAAGCGCCUUGAGCAGAUCGCCAACGACGUCUGCAACAGUGUCUUCGAGGGCGUCGAGUUCUACGAGCACCCCAAGACUUCACAAUGGAACGAGACUAUUAUUAAUAAGAUGCUCAAGGCCGUCAUCUCCGAGGCCACUCCUCAAGGUAGCACUGUACCGACCUACAAAUUCGCGGUGAACAGCACGAUCGUCCAGCACAUUGUGCCGACAUCGCAGAUAAACAAGCCGGUAGCGACCACAUCAGAAGAUGGCACAACCACCAACAAGAAGGGCCAGGCCGGUCGACGCGGCAUGCACAGCGCCACGGGCGGGUACUGGAACGAGAAGACGGACGGCAUGUGGAGCUUCAAGUGGGACGGUGAGGGCAAGGGUCUGGAUGUGGUCAUCAUGCUGAUUUGGAUCGCUGUGUAG